UCCCUUUCCUUUGGUGGAGACAAGGAAACCAAAGUAUCUCUGUUACAUAAUAUCGACUCUUUAAAUUCAAGAGCCAGGAGGCUGAGAGACAGAUCUCACCGAAGUCGUAACUCCAGGCGGAGGGGAAUUCUCCAGUCAGAUCUGAUCAAGGCUGUUUUUGCCCUGCAGACAUGAGUGAGGUGACCCGAGAGUCACUGGAAGCAGCCCUGAAGCAGCUGAGCUGUCACUUUACAUGGCAUUUAUUUAAGGAUGAGAGCAACAUCGAGAACCUGGAGGAGAAGAUCGUAGACGGCAUUGGGUUUCUGUGCCCUCAGUCCAAAGCGUCGGGGCACAACCUCCUGGCCUACCUGAAGCAUCUGCAGGGUCGCAACGAGGAAGCCCUGAGCUGCCUCCAGCGAGCCGAAGAGCUGACCCAGCAGGAGCACCCUGGUCAGGCUGAAGUCAGGAACCUGGUCACCUGGGGCAACUAUGCCUGGCUGUACUACCACAUGGGCCGGCUGGAGGAGGCCCGCACCUACCUGGACAAGGUCGCGCAGACAUGCAGGAAGUUUGCAAACCCAUACAGGAUCGACUGCCCGGAGAUGGACUGUGAGGAAGGCUGGGCCAGGCUCAAGUGUGGCAAUCGCUAUGCAGAGCGGUCCAAGGCCUGUUUUGAGAGGGCUCUGGAGAAGGAGCCCCUCUGCCUGGAGCUUCGUGUGGGCCUGGCCAUUGCCACCUGUGGUCAGGUUGAAGUUGGCAGAUCAUGGAGGCACCAACCUCUUGACCUCCUGAGGCAGACCCUUGAGCUGGAUCCUGACAACAAUUACCUCAAGGUGCUCCUGGCCUUGAAACUCCAGAAAAUGAACGACAAUGCCACGGGAGAAAAGUUAGUGGAAGAAGCCUUAGAAGAAGCCCAGUCACCAGAGGUCUUCCGGCUGGCCGCCAAAUUUUACCGGAGCCAAGGUUUCCUGGAAAAAGCCCUCAGCCUGUUUGAGAAGGCUUUGGAGUUUCAGCCCGCCACGAGUUCACUCUACCACCAGAUUGGAUGUUGUUAUCGGACCCUGGCCAGCCAGAUCCUUCACAGAGACAAAAUGGAGGGGCUACAGGACCGUGGGACCCGAGAGAAGGUGCGGCAGCUGCACAGCCGUGCCGCCGAAUAUAUGGAAAAAGCCCUGGAGAAGAGCGGCUGCUACCCUAACAUGUACUUAGACCUCGCCUCCAUGUAUGCAGCGCUAGGCCACCACAAGAAGGCGGAAGCCAUCUACCAAAAAGCACUUCUCAUGGAGCCUCUCACAGCCAAAGAGAAACAGCAGAUCCACCAGCGUUAUGGGAACUUCCAGGACUAUUUCCGGGGCCAGACAGAUACUGCCAUUUACCAUUAUUUAGAAGGUAUGAAAAUACAAGAAAAAUCUGCUGAGUAUGAGAAAAUGAAGGCCAGACUGCAGGAAUUAGCAGACCAGCAGAGAUCCCAGAAGCCACCUACCCUGCAGGGCUGGAGGCUGCUGGGGUUCUCGGCCAAGAUGGAAGGAAAUGAGUCACUGGCCAUUGAGUACUAUGAGAAGGCCCUGGGCAUCCUGCUGAAACCCUCUAGCUCAGGCGUUGCAAGCCUCUUCACCUCUCCUUCCUCUCCAGAGGCAGAGAGAGAUGAGGGCCCGGGAAGGGUCCUGUUCCAAGGGCCCGGUAAUAGGGCCACUUCUGUGCUCAAUGGGGAGAACAAAACCAGGCAAGAAAGACAGGAGUUGCCUCUGAAGAUGAAUGGAUGCUCGGGAAGAGCCAGCCCUCUCUUCCUAGGGCCUCAGAGCAGGGCCGCCUUUGCGUGCAGUUGCAAUGAAAAAGUGUGAAUAAGAACUGGUUGCCUAGAAUGACCAGAGGAAUAACGGUAUUGGAGACGCUGGCUGUGAUGCACGAGAUGGCUUGACUGGGAUGCUCAUGGUUCCCUGGCAGCCUCCUCUGCUCCAAGCGACAGGCCUGUCAUUUUUUAGGGAUAAUGGGCAAAAGGACCUGUAGCCUCCUGAGGACAUUGUUCAGCUUUGGCCCAAGAGCUACAGAUUUCUUCUUUGUCUUCUCUGAUCCCACGGUGAUAGCAUCACUUCAUGACAGAGUCCAUUAGGGGCUCCACAUUGCCCCCAAGUAAUGUCUGAACUCAGCUCAGCGUUUGAGGAACUUCCCAGUCUGGUUGUGAUUGACUCCUUUGGACCCCUCAUAGCACCUUCCCUCAGGAGCCCUCCAGGCUACAUCUGAACUGGCCUCAGUGUGCUGAUUCUACCCACCUUUGAGCUCUGCUCAUGAGAUUUCCUAGGCUAGACAUCAGUUCACCUGCUUCCCUUUCUGUUCCCAGCCGCCUUUCAAUAGGCAGCUCAAAUGUAUCAUUUCCUGCCCUUAUCUCCUGCUGCUGGAAACAGCUCCUCUCCCCUCGGACAGCCUCAUCUGCAGCUCUCUCAUCCAUGUCGCAUGGGCAGUGUUCAUGUAUAGUUCCCCUCCCCUCCUGUUCCCCUUUUGACUUUGUAACAUGUGUCCUUAGGACAGUGCCUGGCACACAUAAGAUGUUAAUAUAUGCUUGUAGAUUGACAGAGUUGUGUUUUGGUCAUCUUGGCAUCUGACAUGUGGCAGGCUAUAUUUUGAUAACUGUAUUUAAGUGCAUUUAAGUGUCUUAUUCGAGCAACCUUCACUAGAAUGCCCAAGGGCAUUCUCAAGGGAGACAGAAAAGGUCAAGAACUCCCCUUAUCCUUGGCUCUCAUGACUGUUAUCACCAAGACAAAGCAGACUGAGCUGUCCUUCUCUCCUGUACACAGUUCCUGCCCUAUUUCUGCCUGCUCCCUCCAUCACCCUUAAAUCUUUAACCCUCAAUGCUGGCUGUUCUCCACCCCUUUCAUGACUUCUCCUUUUGGACUGACCUCCAGGAUCCUUUUCACAUCCCUUCCCAAAUGGGGUGGCUGGGAGAGAGUUCAGACCAACUUGUUCUGGGUCCUAUGUCCCCCGAAGGGUGUCUCUGUUCUUGAAAGAAGGCAGCUCAAGCUGGCAGCAAAGCUUCAGACCCAUUCCAGGACACAUGUGGUCAGGCAGUUUUGGGGGCUGUCACAUUCAAAGGCAGUCUCUGAAGUGGAUAAAGAUCCACUUAAAGAUCGUUGAACAGAAUUGACCCAUAGUUCAGAAGACUCAGAGUUGGGAGGGACUUCCUUGGGGAAGUCACUUACUCUGGGCCUCAGUUUCCACAUUGUAAAAAUGGGAACAUUGCACUAGAUGACCGUGGGGUCCCUUCUGGUUUUAAAUCUGACCCUAUUUGACUGAUUCCACCUUACCAGUGAGAAGACCAAGGUCCAGUGAGAGAGAAAGUGUAUUAUCCAAUGUCACAAAAUGAAUGAAGAUCAGAACUGGGGCCCAUACCCAGACUUUCUCACUCCUGAUGUCUUCUGCUCUUGACCUCUCCCCACCAAAUAUGUAGUCUUCUUACUAGGACCUAGCUUGGCCAAAAAAAUGAAACAAAACAAAAUAUCCCAAACCAAAACCCAAAAGGAGAUGGGCUAUUUUGCUGGAAAGAGGGACAGUCAUAAAUGAUAAAAUAGGCCUCACUUCCUCAUGGCUGUGGCUCCUUCUUUGAAGAUGUCUGAGAGGGCAGCUAGUUCUUUGUGUCAUGUUGCCUGCAACCAGAUUGUACACUGAACGGAGAGGCGUGAAAUAAACUUGAGACAUGGGCCAGGCGGA